UACUGUUUUUGGAAUGGGAUUCUCUGAAGGAGCUCUGAUUCUACAUAAGCUGAUCAUGUUUUGGGAUCAACCUGAAGCGCUUCACACAACAGGUUAUGAGAUUUUGAUGGAUUUGCUCUACGGGUUAGGAGCUUUGGUUUAUGCAACUAGGAUUCCAGAGAGAUGGAUGCUGGGAAAAUUCGAUAUAGCAGGACAUAGCCAUCAGUUGUUUCAUGUUCUGGUAGUUGCUGGUGCGUUCACCACACACUAUAGAGCUGGGCUUGUGUAUCUUAAGUGGAGAGACAUUGAAGGAUGUUGAAGAUGAAGAUUGAAGAUUAGAUGGAAUCUUGGUGAUGUUUUGAAUCUUGUUUGUAGCUUCAUAUAAAAAUUGGAUUAUGUAAAGUC